ACAACCUAUGACAUCAUGUCUUGUUUCUUCUUCAUCCCCCUGUUUCCUCUAUUAUAUAAUUUCCACUCUGCUAGUUCUUGGUGGAAAAAGCCUAAACUCAGUACCAAUAUUUGGAUGAUUUCAUGAACAUGGAUGACUCUUCUGCUUCAUACAUCCAUAUGGUGCAUCAUCUUAUAGAAGAGUGUUUGAUAUUCAACAUGAGCAAGGAGGAGUGCAUGGAAGCUUUGGCUAAGCAUGCAAGUAUUAAACCAGUCAUUACUUCAACAGUUUGGAAUGAGUUGGAAAAAGAGAACAAGGAGUUCUUUGAGGCUUACACAAGAAACAGAGAUCAAAGAGCUACAGACAUGGAGAAAAGGCAAAGGAUCCAGUUCAGGGUUAAUGCAUACAUGAGGGAGAAAGGCAACAAGGACUAAUUUAAUGCAUGAUCUAUGAGCUAAAAAUCAAGAUUUAGACUUGUUUAAGUAGUUCUUGAUCCAUAGUUGUAGAGUUUGUAUAAGCAAUAGCCUCCAUAGCAGAGGUGGUCCAAAAUUUCAGUUCCUACCCGGUGUUGAGCCAACAGUAUCUAAGGUAAAACCCUCACCGCUCGCUGUCAGGUCAGCUUUGUUAGAACUUGCCUUUAGUAAAAAAAAGUGUAUAUAUUGUAAUAAAAUUCAUUACAUUUGCAAUGGCGAUUUAACUUUUUCUUUUUGGGGGUUCUGUUUUGGGACCAUUUUCAAAGAGAUGACAGGCGACUGUGUAUCAAUUGUCACAGUCUGAAGCUUUUUCUGAAAGGAGGGCUCAAUUUAUAGUCGUUUUUUUUUUCAAUUUGCUGUGAUUCGGAUGUAAAUGAUGCGAAGUAUGCGGUUGAGAAAGCCAAGCUUUGGAACAAAAAAGAAAAAGAAAGCCAAGUUGAAGAAGUCAUCCACCAUGGGUCAAAGAUGGUUUGAGUAAAAUACAUCUCUUCUUGGGUUGAGUUAUAAUAGCAAGAUUACUGUUUGAAUGCGAGGAAAGUGAGCUAUGGUGCGUCCAAAGUUUGACUUUCUGAAAACGAUGGAAAUUUAAAGAGAAUAGAGUAAAAUACUAAGAUAAAUGAGAAUUGGGAAAAUAUCUAGAAUUAUACUUGCUUUUGGGGGCUCAUUGGAGCAACAAAGGGUUAAUUCUUUGUCCUUAGCCACCAGCUCUGGCGGUGCAUCAGUAUGAAAGCUAUGGUUCGAAGAUUGUUAUUUGGCCACUUUUGCCAUACUAGGUCUUUAAUCCUCCUCAUGGCAAUCUGCAUUGUACCGGCACUGAUUGUAUAGGUUUCUACCUAAUGUUGGUUUUAAAUCGAUAUAUUCGGUUUCGAUUAAAAUUUUAAUAUCUUUCAAUUA